AUGGCAGUUUCAUCCUCAACUACAACAGGAUCACCUUCUGCAAUGGCAGUCCGAGGAGACAAGAACAAGAAGCAAGGCAAAGUGGUCAUACUUAAGAUCUCACCAAAACUACUGCAGCGUUUCGAGCCACCCUCUGCCAAGGAAGAAGAACAAGAGUCUACACCGUCAUCAGCCUCCUCACCGGCUCGUGUGGUUGACGAUGUCCCGGCUUUGAAGGUUCCGGAGAUCAAUGACAAUACAUCCGAGUCCAACUCCACGCCUGCACCUUCCAAUGGCGAUGCAAAUUCAUCAGACCCCUCCAAAAAACGCAAGGGCCCUGCCCCAGGAUACAAGAGGAACCUUGGACAAAUGUUGGAGUCUAGUGGAACACCUAAAGCACGUGGUAAACCAGGUCCCAAAAAGAAACCUAGAUUAGAAGACGGUACCAUCGAUCACAAUGCCACCCGAGCUCCCGCUGGUCCAGUCAUUGGCUUCACUGGCCACAAGCUGGGACCCAAGGCCAACCAAGGGGCUAUCAAUGCUGGUCUCAGAGCACUCGAUCGAUCGGGCAAACCUUGUCGCAAGUGGAACAAGAAACCAUUUCAUUUGAAGAGCUUUACCGGUAUCGUUUGGGAUGUACCAUCAUGGAGAGGAAUUGAAAAUCUGAAAGUCAAUGGCGAAGAGCUGAAUGGUGCUCGCGAGAUAUCACAACAAAGCAGCAGUGAUGUCAAACCUAACGAGAGUGAUGCUGCCAUGGACAGCACUGCCGGAGACCACCCUGAGACCAUGCUGAUGUCUACACCAGCAGCAAGCUCCCCAGUUCCAAUGCCAGAACAGACCCCGAUCGUCGCUGCUCUUGGGUGA